UUUCAUGCUGGACAGUCUUUUGGAAUUCGGUGAUAUACGGGCUUCUAACAGCGAGAUGACUUUAAUGCAUUAUCUGUGCAAGGUUCUCGCCUGUAAGUUACCAGAACUUUUAGAUUUUCAUGUGGAUCUUGUUAGUCUUGAGUCUGCAUCUAAGAUACAAUUGAAGUAUUUGGCAAAUGAAAUGCAAGCAAUCAGUAAGGGACUGGAAAGGGUUGAACAAGAACUUGUUGCAUCUGCAAAUGAUGGCCCUGUAUCUGAAGUUUUCCAUAAUAUAUCAAAAGUGUUCAUGGACUCUGCUGAGUUAGAAGUGCGACAUUUAAUAAAUUUGUAUUCUCAAGUGGGUAGAAAUGCUGAUGCAUUAUCCCUAUAUUUCGGUGAAGACCCUAGUCGAUACCCUUUUGAGCAAGGUAACAUAUACACUAUAAUAGGUUUGACUUAUUUCUAUAAAUUAAUCGACGUGGAUUUUUUUAUGGUUUGCAGUUACUCAGACCCUUUUUAACUUUGUGAGGCUAUUUCGAAAAGCUCAUGAAGAGAACUUCAAAUAGGCUAAACAAUAAAAAAAGAAAGCUCCAAACAAUGUUGAAAAGGCAGGAGUUUGAAUGGAAUUUAUUCUUCGCAAGAUCUUGUCAAAGGGUUGGGCGGGUGCCAGCCCGAUGCUAGCCACAACCACACUUGAAGUGAACCAAACUGUAAAGCCUGUUUAUAUGGAAAUGGAGUUGGAUACCUUUUUUAGUUACGUACUAUCUUAUCAUCCGGGAUUGCUUCCGACUCGAGAAAAUUACUUAUAUUGAAAACUAUUAUGAUUAAUACAUAAUUAAAAUGAUAUUGUAUGCUGACAUAACCAGUUGCUCUAAGUUCAAGUGUUGUAGCAGGCCCCAAUCUUCUUAACU